CUCCCGCGCCAUCUCGAAGCUUCAUCGUCAUCCUCGCCUUCUGCCUAACGUCACGACCCCUCAGCUGGCGCGUUUUUCGCUGCUCGACAGCAGUUGACGCUACACAAUGGCUCCUCCGCCGCCAAACUCGAAUAGCACGCUCCAGGAGCGCUUCUUGGCUCUGGCCCAGACUCUGCAAUUCGCCUGGUUUGUUGGGCACUUGACUCUGAUCCUCACCACCUCUCGAUAUGCGCUGUCAUGGCUGUUCAUGAACUACUAUAGCGGCAUGGCCCAGUUCUCCUACCGAACGUCGUUUGCCGCUGCCGCUCUUACGUACGGAAUCGUAGUUUACAAGACUCAGCGAGCCCGCGCAAAGACCGGAACCAGGGCGCCCAAUGGUAUUUUCGGGCUGCUUGCCGAUGAGAAUGUUCAAUACCUAGCUCUGGCCCUCGUCUGGCUCUUCUUCCCUCAGUAUCCCCUCGCUUUACUCCCCUAUGCGGUUUACUCUAUCUUCCAUGUUGCCACCUACACGCGCGCCAACCUGAUUCCCGUCUUCAUGCCCCCGCCGCCCGCCGCCGAUGGCGCUGCCCGACCUAAGGUCAGCAACCCCUUGGCUGACAGGAUCGGAAACUUCGUAAAGGAAUACUACGACUUCUCUAUGACCGUUGUCGCCUAUCUCGAGAUCAGCUUGUGGGUUCGGGUUUUCCUCUCAGCCAUCCUUUUCCAGCGUAGAUCGUGGAUCUUGCUUGGCCUGUACACAACAUUCCUUCGAGCUCGCUAUGCCCAGAGCAGCCAUGUCCAGACUUCUUUUGCUCACGUCGUCGCACGAGCCGACCACUUUGUUGGCGCCCAGGGAACCCCACCUCAGCUCAAGCAAGGCUGGGACAUUGUCAAGAAGAUUACUAUUCAGUUCCACGACAUGACUGAGCUGAACAAGUACAUUAGCGGCGGCCCUGCUAAGAAGACGUCAUAAAUGCCAAAACCUCGUUAAACAUGCGACCGGGAACAAAUUACGGCGGCUGAGCGAUGCGCCUUGGGUGCAUUUUGCUCAGCGUUUUUUCAGUGUGAUGGAAAGUCAAUUUGGCAAUCCGGUCGCUGUCCGACGCAUAGUGAACUGGCGACACUGGUAAUCUACCUCUGGCAACUGCUUGUACUACUACGUCAAAAGCAAAAGCUUGCCAGUGGCUGGCUUGAAUCUUAGCGGGAAGUUCCGAAUUUGCCCUUGACCGACUGGAGUCGAGAACAUCGAAUUUUUUU